UACACGAUUGUUUGACCCUCUCAAUCAAAUUAAAUAUUUAAUAAACUUGAACCCUCAUCCCAACAACAUACAGCCUAUAUGUUUUAGUGUCUUUUUUAAACCUUUCAGUAACCACAAAAGUUAGAUAAGUUAGAAUAGACUUGAUAGACACAAGUCAUAAGCCAAAAAUUAUUUCUAUAUCGCAAAGUAUGAAAGGGUUGCCAGGUUUUCACAUCAAAACCCGCCCAAUUGCUACUCAAAACUAGCCCAAUCGCGUUUUAAGUGCGGUCCCCGUUAAAAAUCGCGUUUCGGGGGUAAAAUACGUUUUUGGCACGGUUCCCCUGGUCAAAUUAGCAUUGAAGGAGCUAAAAAUUAUGUUAUUGGGGUUGCUUCAACCGGCAACAACAGUGGUAAAGUAGCCCACAACCAACCACAGACUUGGCAACAUUGAAGUAUGACAAGUUUUCUGAAUUCUGAAGUAAGCCUAUGGGUGAGACUUCCGGUUCAUUAGCUGCUAUGGGGAAAUAACCAGAAGAAUAGCAAGGUGUAGUAAACGGUAAAACUGUUUGCACUACAAUCCAGUGUGUUACGAUAUUAAUAAAAUAAUAUGGUAAGACAGACCAAUUUGCACAAUCAAGCAGCAAAACGAGCUGUUUUGUACAGCAAAAAAUAGCUGGAUGCUGAUGAGACCGGAAGUCAGAGCAAUAAAAUGUACAAAUGUACGUGCCCAGUCUUACGGCAAAGUCGUACGGUCUCAGUUAACCCACAACCCCCCCAAAAGUUGUAGUUUACACUGAAUUUAAUAAGGAGAAAUUUUAGAUUACAUUAGUACGCUAAAUACGCUCCAGAACACAUUCACAUUCAUAGAUAUGUUAGCAUUUGCCUGAGGUGGUAGACAUAUUAACAGUAUGCUUCUCAAACGUAAACAUAACUCUCGUAAUUUAUCAUCUCUUUACAUAUUUGCUGCAUGACAAGUAUGUCGUGAAAAGUUUUGUAUAGUCAUUUAGAUUGACCGCUACAGAUUUCGGUUCGAAAAUAAAAUGUAUAUUGUCAGAAACUGUUUAAAAUUACCCGCUUAAUUGAAAGUUAUUCGCGCGUUGAAGGGAACGCUUCAUACAGUUCAUAAUUUGCCUGUAUUGGAGGUGUUUAAUGUCUACAUCAGUUCUUGUCAGGACUUCUGAACUAGAAUACAGUAGCCUAUGGUUUACAGUAGCACAGAGAGAGAGAGAGAGAGAGAGAGAGAGAGAGAGAGAGAGAGAGAGAGAGAGAGCGCGCGAGCGUUUCGCUUAAUGUCGGGUGAUGCCCUCCCCUCGCCAAAUCUCCUCCACUGAGAUGGUGACGCUCCUUCAAAACUCCAAUCUCACAGCGGCGGGAGCAGAUUGCUUGAGUCAUCUGAAGGUUCAUAACUUUACCAAAUCUUUCCUAGCUUAUCUGCCAAUGAGCUGGAUGCCUGCACUUGUCAGUAGGUGAUCCUGUUAUAUAUAUAAUAUUAAAGAAAACAGAAGAACAAUAAAGCACCCAAUGUUUUUAUACAGGGAACUGUGAAGCUCGUGUACAUCCUCUUUAUAUGUGCGCACCGCUGGUGCCAGACGCGCGUUUCCAGCCAGCGCUGGUGAUGCGAUGCCCCGCAACCACAGCGGCGAUGAGGGCGGUACUGGUCUCUGGAUGAAGACCUCGCAGCACUAUGGCAUGAAAGAUGUUGAAGCCGGUCGUGGGACGAUGAACAACGCGACCAGGACAGUCGACAGCCUGCUGUCGGCGCCGGGCACAACAGGUGCAGGAGGCUCGGAGAACCAGAGGAGAAAGCAGGGCGCCAGGCUGAGCCUGCUGGGGAAGCCGCUCGCCUACAGCGCGCAGAGCGGUCGGAGAAACGCGCGCUACAGGAAGCUCCAGAACUACCUCUACAAUGUCUUGGAGCGACCGAGAGCCUGGGCAUUCGUUUACCAUGCCUUUGUGUUCACCUUGGUGUUUGGCUGUCUGGUUCUCUCUGUGUUCUCCACAAUCCCUGCUCAUAUGGACCUCUCUAAUCACUGUCUCCUUAUACUGGAGUUUGUGAUGAUUGUUGUGUUCGGUCUGGAGUACAUCAUACGCAUCUGGUCGGCUGGAUGCUGCUGUCGCUACAGGGGAUGGCAAGGACGACUGCGCUUUGCAAGAAAACCAUUCUGCGUCAUCGAUAUCAUUGUGCUCAUUGCAUCCAUCGCAGUGGUUUCAGCUGGUAGCCAGGGCAAUAUUUUUGCCACGUCUGCACUUCGCAGUCUGCGUUUUUUGCAGAUCCUGCGCAUGGUGCGUAUGGACAGGCGAGGCGGUACCUGGAAACUGCUUGGAUCUGUUGUCUACGCUCACAGCAAGGAGCUUGUGACCGCCUGGUACAUUGGCUUCUUGGUACUGAUCUUUUCUUCAUUCUUGGUCUACUUGAUGGAGAAAGACUUUAACAAACAGUUCGCCACCUACGCCGAUGCUCUUUGGUGGGGUACGAUCACGCUCACCACCAUUGGAUACGGAGAUAAGACUCCACAGACCUGGACCGGGCGGCUGUUGUCUGCAGGGUUUGCUUUGCUGGGCAUCUCGUUCUUCGCCUUGCCUGCUGGUAUUCUUGGCUCUGGUUUUGCUCUGAAGGUCCAAGAGCAGCACAGACAGAAGCACUUUGAAAAGAGGAGAAACCCAGCAGCCAGCCUCAUACAGGCUGCGUGGCGUCUCUACUCCACAGACCUCUCCAGAACAUACCUGAGUGCCACAUGGCUGUUCUAUAAAAGUGUUCUCCCUCCUCAAAGGAAAGACCAAGGGGAAACCAUAAGCAGCCAAAAGUUAAGUUUUCGGGAGCGUGUGCGCAUGGCCAGUCCUCGCGGUCAGAGCGUGAAGAGCAGGCAGAUGUCGGUGAAUGACCGCCGCUCUCCUGCCACAGAGGUGGGAGUGGAGGGCAGCAGCCCUGCCAAGGUCCAGAAGAGCUGGAGCUUCAAUGACCGAACACGUUUCCGGCCAUCACUCAGACUUAAGAGCCAAUCGCGUACAACGGCUGAAGCUGAUACAAAUCUUGGACCGGAUGAUGCUUUUGAUGAGAAGGGUUGCCAUUGUGAUGUGACUGUGGAAGAUCUCUCUGCUCCACUGAAGGCAGUGAUCAGGGCCAUUAGGAUAAUGAAAUUCCAUGUGGCCAAGAAGAAGUUUAAGGAGACGUUGCGACCGUAUGAUGUGAAAGAUGUGAUUGAGCAAUACUCUGCCGGUCACCUGGAUAUGCUAUGCCGUAUCAAGAGUCUUCAGACUAGGCUGGACACUAUUGUGGGUCCACAGACCCUGAGCAGCAAAGCCAAGACCUUUUCUUCUCCUUCCCUGCACUUGUAUUACAGCCAGGCCAAGAGGAAACACUCUGCCCCAGGACUCGCCACAGCUGUGGGUCCACAUCAGACACUCAGCACCAAAGCCAGGAACCUUUCCUCUCCCUCUCUACACAUGUAUUACAGCCAAAGCAAGAAGAAACACGUUGGAGUGGAUCAGAUACUGGGAAAGGGCCAGAUUUCUGUGGAUAGGAAAGGCAGGGAGAAAAUCCUCCCAGAAGGAGAAUCCUUGGAGCAUGACAUGAGCAUGCUUGGCCGUGUCUGUAAAGUCGAGAGACAAGUACAGUCCAUUGAGUCAAAGCUGGACUCAUUGCUGGAUAUAUACCGGCAAGUGUUGCAGAAAGGCCCCUCAUCGAUGCUCGGUCUGUCUGCUUUGCCCCUGUUCGAGCUGGAUCAAACCUCUGACUACCAAAGCUCCAUCCAUAGCAAGGAUUUGUCAUCCUCCUCCCAGCUUACCGGCAGUCGGUCUGGCAGCAGUAACCUGCACCGUGGUCUUCAUCUUGCUUUGGCUCCUAGUGAACUCAACUUGGGUACGGGUUACCCGCAUUCUGCCUCCUCCUUCUCACCUUCUCCUCUCUUAAACAACCAGCCCUCCAGCCCGGACAGUUUCUACCCAGCGUCCCCUCCUCCCAUUCUCACCCCCAACAACCUUUCCAGAAGUCACCAGCGGUUCAGUGAACUGACCAGGCCGGUCCCAACGGUACAUUCGACCUCAUCAACCCUUCAGCUCCCGCCUAUGGUACCAACGCCUACCAGUCGGCCUCCCAGCCUUAUCCCAGAGACUCUACAGGAGAGCCGGGCGGAGUGUCCGAGCAAUUGCCUAUUGAGUACCCAAACCGAGGAUGAGUCGGACAGGGAAGCCGAGAGUAUUCAAAGCACGGUACAGCUACGGGACAAACCCGAACGCAACCCCAAGGAAGAUGGGUCGUGGAGAAGACAUUUGAGCCUUGACAUUGAUCCUCUGAUGCUCAUGUCUUCCAAAACAGCUCCCUCGCUACAGGUCGAGCGUGGACUGGGUAAGUCUCUUUCCGCUCAGAACCUCAUGUUACCGACUGCUGCGGACUGCCAUCCCAGCCUGUCCGCUCGGAGCAGCGGCAGCAGCAACAAUGAGUCCAGCGACCGCGAGCCGCUGGCCGACUGGGGCGAUACGGAGCUGUUCGUCAAUGACAAAGAGUCGGACACCACGGAGGGCGAACAUUGCCACCAACAAAGCAACGAUACGACCUUCUCCUCUGAGCUGCUACGGACAGGAGCCAGUGGGCCGUCUCCCAGCCAGGCUGGACCAAGAGAUGGUCUUGAGUCCCAUAACUUGCCUCACGUAUGCCUCGAAUAACGGCCGGAGCACAGGAACCUCACUGUGGAGACUGGACACAACCUCAUGUCCCUCAUGUGCUUCUUUUCCAAAGGAAAUGGAGCGUCCUGUACGCUCUAAAUGUUUUCUAAUUUUCACAAGAAGAAGACAUGCCGUUCAUACGUUUAUGUUCAUACGUACAUAUCAAUGCAUGGACAAUUUGUCAAAAAAGAGAAUUUAUAUUAAGAAGAAACUGUUGGGGAAGAAACAUUUAAAAAAUAUUCCGGGGUCAAUAUAAGUUAAGCUCAAUUGACAUAAUACUGAUUACCUCAGUAAUCACCACAAAUGACUGAAAAGUGUGUGAAUCAGGAGCAUUUCCCCCAAACAUUAAAAAGUGUUUAAGUCACUAAUUUUCCUUAAGAAACAUUGUCCAACAGCGACACCAGCAGGUAAAAUUAUGGCGGGAGUCCGCUUCUCUCUUGCCUCCCCUGAGACCAUUUGAGUUUUACCAGACCCUCUAAAGCGUGCAGUGAGUUUGUUGUUGUUUGGUAAUUGAGAAUGAAUGGUCGUGUGAGAAGAGGCAAUGCUUCCACUGCGAUAUGAUUGGAUAUGACUGGUUAUGUUCAGCUGUGAUUGGUUCAUGCGACAAAUCCUGCUUCUUGGUGUGUGUUCUACAUUUGAGUUUUAGUGAGUAAUCAACUUGGUGAAAUUUAAAGUAAAUCUCAGUGUCUGUGACCAAUAUUUACCGAUCUUUGAUGACUGAUGAUCUGAAAAGUUAAAUUUUUUUUAAAGUUAACCAUUAAAAAGAAUAACUAAACAUAAGUUUACAAAUAGAAUAUAUUGUUUAAAUUGUUGCCGCUUUGAGUUAUUAUUUUGGAAUAAAUGUAAAAUGCUUAAAAACAUUAACUUGAUGAGAUUCAUACUUUGCUUUAAUAAAUAGAAUAUUGAGUGCUUUGGUAAUGUAAAAAUAUAUAUGUAUAUGCAUUUAGAAAAUAGAAAACAUGUGGGUUAAUCAGUAUUAUGCUACAAAAGCUGUCAGUUGAGCAUAACUUGUAUUGAACCCAUAAUAUUCCUUUGUAAUAAUAAAGGGUUAUGGUACUGAAUGAGCCUUGCAUGGGAUAUCGGCAUGUUUAAAAUGCAACAGAAAAUAGAAUUGGAGGUUUGUAUGCACAUGUAGUAAUAAGCCCUCGCUCAGCAUUAGGAUUCAUUUCUCACUUCCUUCUGAAUGUUUGGCGGUCCACUCAUUUGCAUGUGUUAAGAAACUGUGGGAGGAAUAGCAGAAAACCAGAUGGUCUUAGUCCAAAACCACAUUAAUCUGUGAUACUAUGCAGACCUUAGCUGAUCAAGCAGGGUUUGCAAGCAACUCCAGAAGAAACUCAGAAACAAAUGCAUCUUCACGCUGUAGCCUGCACAGAGAUAUGCUUUCUUAAUAUGACUAUGUCCUUUGAAACCCGAGAGUCUUAGCAUCUGAAGAAAGCUGAAUGUUGUGGCUGAAGGGGCGGUGUGUCUUGUGUAAUGUCUUGUGAGGAGGUAUUUGUGACAAUCAGGCUUUUCAAAAAGCACUGAUUUCUGAUUUUUCUAAUUACGAGUCCUUGUGGAUAUUUGGCUGCUAAAAUGUUACAAAAAAAAUGAGGAAGAUGAUGCAUCAUUUUCAUCAUGACAAUAAACCACACAUGCAAUAUCACAACUAAUGAUUGUAAUUAAAUUUGACAUGUAUUUUGAUUGCUUUGUAACCUGCAUCCAUAUAAUCAGAAGUUAUCUUUGUCAAAUAGAAAGUCUCACAAAUGUGUUUUUAUCAGAAUUGCGGCAAUAUCUCAUUUCUGUUGUAUUUUCUGAUUUUUUUUUCUUUUAAAUUCUGUAGCAAGCAAGCGUCUUAUACCUAAACCUCAGCUUUGUAACCUCUGUUCUACGUUUUUUAUUCCAUGCUUCUGAAUGGUACAAGAAGUGCUUUAGCUAAAAUGCUUGUCUGUACAACUUAGAAUGUAAUGUGUAUCAUUAUGUGUACGUAGACUAACCAUGAUUAGCUGUUACAUUUAGUUUGUUUUGUUUUUAUUUUUUGGUUAAAAACAUCUGAGGUGUACAUUGAGGAUGUUUUUGGCACUGUACAAGUGGAAGCACAACUGUUCAGAUGUGUAGAGGAAACCUGCAAAUGUGAUGAAGUGUUUUAACAUGAAUAUGCUUUAAAUAAGAUUUAUAAUCCAGAGAUAGUCAAGAUGCUUAUUUUGCUCUAGAGUUGAGGUAAAUAAUAUCGGCACCUGAGAACUGAACUGAGAAAAUGUCAACAGCUGUGGAACUAAUUGAUGCUUGAAAUGCAGAAUAAAAAGGUUGUACAGAAAUAUAGUCUUCUUAACACAUUAUAAUUAAUAUUACUAUUGCUUUUUUGAAAGUUUUAAUUUGUAAUUCAAUGUUUUACGGUGCCUUUUUGCAUUUUAUUAAACAUUUAUACAACUUCUGUAUUCACAGUACCUUGAACUUUUAUUGAAAUUAUGUCAUAUUUCGAUAAUUGCACAUUCUCUGUUUGGCUGUGAACUUAAAGCGUCUGUCAGUUAAAGCAGCAUUUCUUUGUUUUACCACUAGAUCAAAUAAUUUAUUACACAGAAACUGGCCUUAAUAUACAUGCUUGAUAAUGUUAGCGUUCUCUGUCAUUCAAAAUAAUUUAUUUCAUCAUUGUGCACAUAGCAGAGUUGAUGCUCUGGGAUUGAAAAAUGCAAAAUGAAAAUUUAUGAUCAUCCUAAUACUUAAAUAAACAAAAUACUUGAAACUUG